AUGGUGGUCACGCCUGACAUCACGCCCAUGGCCCUGAGCGCCGAGCAGCAUGCAAGCCGCAGGAGUCGCGCAGGCCUUGAAGUGAAGCGCAAGAGCAACCACUCGGGCCAGGAGGAGUGGCCGUGGAGCAGGCGGUCUGAGGCACGCAACCACACCAAUGACGAGAGGAGCAAGGCGCGCCACGAGCACAAGGCGGCUGCUUCUGUUCAGGCCUCCGAGCCUCAGCCGGCGCCAGACGCUGCUGCCAAGGACCCCGAGCCAAAGCCGACUCCGUACGCCGCAAAGGUCUCUGAGCCCAUGCCGAGUGCAGGGGACACCACUGGGCGACCUACGCGCGCCGGCUGCUGGAUGAAGAUGCUGUCCGGGUGCCCGAAGAUGCCGAUGAAGACGCAGACGUGGAGGCGCGACACGUGGGCGGAGCAGCGGGGCCUCGGCGAGGGGCACUGCCUCCGCCGCAAGCGCACGUGGGACAAGUACUGCGAGGCGGAUGACGCCGAAAUGCUGUACAUCUCCAACGUGUCCGCCAAGGAGGUUGUUAGUGCCAUGCAGCUCGGGCCCGCCGACGAUUGGCCCAAGUGGCCCUGGAGCCGGGGCAGCACUGGGGGCGGCAAGGUGCAGGACUCCAGCACGGCCACCGCCGGCGCGCAGGCCCCCGUCGCCGACUCCGCCGUCGUCGCGCCCACGACGCCGGGGUGCUACAUGCGGAUGCCAUCGGGAUGCCCGAAGCAUCCGAUGAGGACGACCGUGUGGAGGAGCGACCAGUGGGCGGAGCAGAGCCACCUCGACGAGGCGGGCUGCAUGCAGCGCAAGAUCACGUGGGACAGCUGGUGCGGGGCGGAGGACGCCCAGAUGACCUACGUCCCAGACAGUACGUCAGACGGCGCGGAAUCGGGGAACGCCCUUCAGCUGAACAAGGCCGACUGGCCGUGGAGCAAGCUGCCGAAGAACGCGGAGGCCAUCGCCAGGGACGCUCACUUGGACGAGCUCAUGGCGAACCCCUCGGAGCCUGGCUGCUGGAUGCGGAUGCCGUCUGGGUGCCCGAAGCAUCCGAUGAACACACACAGAUGGAGGCACGACACGUGGGCGGAGCAGCAGGAUCUCGAUGAGGGGUCGUGCAAGGAGCGCAAGCAGACGUGGGACAGAUACUGCGGGAGCGACGAUGCAAAAGUUUUCUUCUUCCCGAAGCAGUGA